AGCGCAUUCUUUCUUUUCCGGUUGGGCCAGGUCCACAGACCGCGACCCCAAAAUGGCGAGUCGGGGUACGGUCUCGGGGAGCUAGAGGGAUCAGGUGGGGGACCGGUCCUCCAAGCCUCCCCCCCGUCCCCGCGCUCCCGCGCUCGGAGCUGCCCUCGCCGGGCCCGCAGAGGCGCGGGAACCGGGCGCUUGCUCCUCAGGUCGGCGGGGAGGCGUGGCGACGUUGCUGCCGAGUCGAGGAAGAGGGAAGUGGCGCCCGCGGAGGCCGGGGCUGGGCGGAGUGCCCUUGGGGAGAAGAUCCACUCAUUGGUUUUAUACCAAACCUGACAAGGCCUCAGUUGUCAAAGGUGGCACCAGGACGAUGUCACACAUAGGAGUAAAACUGUUCCUAGAGCAAAUGAUGAUGAGACAUCUGGAGGUGAAUGCAUGCUUGUACCCACACAUGGAGGCUUUGUGGGGGACGGAGGGGUCUCUGAAAGAGAGCUCCAGUGAGAGUAAGAAAUCCAGCCCACAAACGGACAGUCUUGGUCCUGAGAGCGCUCGCCAGCACUUUCGGAGCUUCUAUUAUCACGAAGCGCCUGGACCACUUGAGGCUGUCAGCCAACUUCAGGAAUUAUGCCACCAGUGGCUGAGGCCAGAAAUCCACUCGAAAGAGCAGAUCUUGGAACUGCUGGUGCUAGAGCAGUUCCUGACUAUUCUACCCAGGGAGACCCAGAACUGGGUGCGGAAGUACCGUCCACAGAGCAUCAGAGAGGCUGUGGCCCUGGUAGAGCGCUUUCAGAGAGAACCUGAUGGAAUAAGUGAUGAGGUCACAAUCCAUGAGCUGGGAAAGGAGGCAGUGCCCUUGGGAGGAACAGCAGUGGCCCCAGGCUUUAAGUGGAAGCCAGCAGAGCCCCAACCAAUGGGUAUGUUCCAGAAAGAAUGUUGGAAUACAUACCGGGUACUACAGGAACAGCUGGGCUGGAAUACUCACAAAGAAACCCAGCCUGUAUAUGAAAGAGCUGUGCCUGCUCAACAGAUUCUAGCCUUUUCUGAGCAGAAAAGCCCCCCAAACUGGAAGAUGGCAUCUGAGCUCAUCUUGCCUGAGUUCCAGAGCCUGUUGACAUUUGAAGAUGUGGCAGUGUCCUUUUCUGAGGAAGAAUGGAAGUUACUGGACCCUACUCAGAAGAUCCUUUACAAUGAUGUAAUGCAGGAGAACUAUGAGACUGUCAUCUCUCUAGCCUCUGGGACUGCCAGUGUGCCUGGCCCUCCUCCAGCUCUCUGGACUUGGGCCCACGCUGGCUGCAUUCAAGACCUCUGGGGUCUGGUGGUGGCCUCUGGGAGUGGCUCUGACCGAAACACCUCGGAAGCAUCUCUGCAAACUGGUUUUUCUCCUUCCUGAUGCUGUGUCUCCUCCGAUGUUCCUGUCCGCCUGCCAGCCUUUUGCAGCUCAGCCUACCCAGCAUGCUGUCCUCACUGAAAACUGACCUUGGCAGAGGUCAUCGAGCAGCCCCAAAAUGAUGCAAUAGGGAAGCACAGGGGCCUGGUGCUCUCCAGGGAAAUUGGCCUUUCUCUCAGGGCUCCUAACUCCUUCCUCAUUUUGGAGGUGGGUGGGGGCAAAAAGCAUCCAGUGCUCCAGAGGUGAACUUGGCAAUUGGUGCAGAAAGGUAGGCCCUGCACCCUCGCUGUGGCCUGCAGCUCCCCAGCCCCUGUAGGUCAGCAGCGGCCUGGGUGCUCAGGACCCAGAGAGGCUUCUUGGAGAUGCAGUCUGAGGAGCCUCUUUUUUUUUUUGGUAAAGAUUUUAUUUAUUUAUUUGGCAGAGAGAUCCAGCGAGAGGGAACACAAGCAGGGGGAGUGGGAGAGGGAGAAGCAGGCUUCCUGCUGAGCAGGGAGCCGGGUGCAGGGCUCAAUCCCAGGACCCCGGGAUCAUGACCUGAGCCAAAGGCAGCCACUUAACCGACUGAGCCACCCAGGCACCCCUGAGGAGCCACUUCUGAGGAGUCCUUCAGUGACCAAGGUUCACUUGUGCCUGGCAGGAGUCCGUCAGGACCGUCCAAGAGAGACUGGGGGCAUGGAUAGUUUACAGGAAUCUAUUUCUAUUUUUUCUAAAAAGAUUUUAUUUAUUUGACAGAGACACAGCGAGAGAGGGAACACAAGCAGGGGGAGUGGGAGAGGGAGAAGCAGGCUUCCCGCCAAGCAGGGAGCCCGAUGUGGGGCUCGAUCCCAGGACCCUGGGACCAUGACCUGAGCCGAAGGCAGACGCUUAAACGACUGAGCCACCCAGGCGCCCCUACAGGAAUCUAUUUCUGAAUCCUUAGUUCCAUACGUUCUUCCUAAAACCGUUGUGAGGAAAACCCAACCCUCCAUCCCCACCCUCCCCUUUAUCACCACCCUUUCACCGCUCUUCCCUGCUCUGGUCUUCCCAUGGUGCAUUGCCCCAGAGUUCUACAUGUCUGAGGAGCCAAAGAGGCAUUAAAAUGUCCUGGCUGGGAAACUGAAUGAUGAAUGACUGGGCAGGGAAUCCUGCAUAUCAAAUAGUUUCCCAUGUUUUCCUUUAGACAGAAUUGAAGAAGGACUUAUUAAUCAACUGAUCAGCUGCUAGAUCAUUGGGAAGAAAUUGGGGGUGGCUCAGUACUUGAUUUAUGCCAUAUAACUCUAAAGGAAAUUUUAAAAUUUGGGGUGACCCCACUAUAACAAAAUUCUGUCCAUGCCCAUUGAUCUGUCAUCUCUUAAAAUGAGAAAUAGGGAUAUAAUUGGUGAUGAGCCAGGCCUCAUUCUGGAAAUAACUAAUAUUUAUUCAUGAUAUGAACUAAUUUCAAGGAAGUCAUCUAUAUCAUUAGGAGUGGGAUUUUCUUUUUUUUUUUUUAAUGUUUUUUAUUUAUUUAUUCAUGAGAAUCAGAGAGAGAGAGAGAGGCAGAGGCAGAGGGAGAAGCAGGCUCCCUGCCCAGCAGAGAGCCCGAUGCGGGACUCGAUCCCAGGACCCUGGGAUCAUGACCUGAGCCGAAGGCAGACGCUUAACCAUCUGAGCCACCCAGGCGCCCCAGGAGUGGGAUUUUCAAUAAAUACUUAUUUUUGCUUAUAAGUACCCAAAUUUAUAAUAUAUUUAUGUUGUUUAAUCAAUAGUAUUUAAUACUUGUAAUAAUCAAAAGAAAGGCAUUGAUACUUAGAGUCUCCUGGUCUUAGGACAUUUUUCCCCAAUUUAUAUGUACUUUAAAAGAAACUUAUUGAAGCAUGACACAAACGGAAAAAUGCUCAAGUAGUAAGUGUCCAGCUCAGUGAUCUAAGUGAACAUCCUUGUAACCACCAUCCAGAUCAAGAAAAAGACCAUUAGCACCCUAGGAGUGGGAUGGUUGGGUCAUAGGGUUUAUAUAUGUUCACCUUCUUUAGAUACUGCCAAAAUAUUUUCAAAAUGUACCAAUCUCCAUUCCCACUACCAGUGUGUGAGGGUUUCAGUUGCUCCUUAUCCUUGUCAACAUUUGAAAUUGGCUGUCUUUCAUUUCAGCCAUCCUGAUGAGUAGUAGGAUUGUGGUUUUAAUCUCUAUUUCCUUGAUCAAUUAAGAUGAGCACCUUUUUAUGUGUCUAAUAUGUGAUUAGUGAGUAUUUGAAUGUACUUUUUUGCCAAGUGCCUGUUAAGUCUCUUGCCCGUAUAUCUACUGGGUUCUUUUUUCUUACUGAUCUGUUGGAUUCUGAAUUUGAGCCCUUUGUUGGAUGCAUGUACUGCAGGUACCUUCUGCUACUCCCCAAGUUGCUGUUUUACUCACUUGAUGUCCCCUAAUGAAGAAAAGUUCCCAGUUGUAAUGUCUUCCAAUUCAUCAGUAUUUUCCUUUAUCAUUAGUGCUUUGUUGGAGUCUUGCUGCAGAAAUUAUCACCUAUGCCAAGGUCAUGAAGAUAUUUUCCUAUGUUUUCAUUUACAAGUCAUAUUAUUUUACCUUAUGCAUUUAGAUCUAAAAUUCAUCUGGAAUUUUCUUCUUAAACAAAAUGUGGUAUAUGCAGUGGAUAAUUAUAUAGACAAAAAAGGAAUGAAAUAUUGUCACAUGGACACAUGCUACAACAUGUAGGUGGAUGAACCUCAAAAAAUAAUAUGCUAAGUAAAAGAAAUCAGGCACCAAAGCUCACAUACUGUAUGGUUCCAUUUAUAUGAAAUAUUCAGUACAGGUAAAUCCAUAGAGAUAGAAAAUAGAUUAGCGGUUGCCAGAGGCUGGGGAGGAUGGAAGUCUCCUUUGGGGUAAUGAGAAUGUUUUCAAAGUAGGUAUGAUGGAUGCACAACAUGGUGAAGGUACUAAAUGCCACUUUAAUUGUACACUUUUUUUGAGGUCCAUCCGCAUUGGAGGUCCAUGUAUCAGUUCCUCAUUCCUUUUUAUGGCUGAAUUAUAUUCCACUGAAUAGAUAUACCAUAUUUUGUUGAUUCAUUCUUCCACUGAAGGACAUUUGGCUUAUUUUCAUCAUUUGACUUUGUGAAUAGCGCUGCAUGAAAAUUCAUGUGCAAGUAUUUGUUUGGAUACCUGUUUUCAAAAUAAUUGAAAUAGUUUUCAAAAUAAUUGAAAACCCAAUUCUUUCAGUAUACCUAGGAGUAGAAUUCCUGGGUCAGUUGGUAAUUGUAUGUUUACCUUUUUGAGGAACCUCCACAUGGUUUUCCACAGCAGCUGUACCAUUUUACAUUCCCACCAGAAAGUACAAGGAUUCCAGUUUCUCUACAUCUUUGCCAAGACUUGUUAAUUUCCAUUCGUUUUUAAUUAUAGCCAUACUAGUGGGUGUGAGGUUUUGUGGUUUUUACUUGCAUUUCCCCAGUGACUAAUAAUGUUGAGUAUCUUUUCAUGUGCUUAUUGGCCGUAUGUAUAUAUUCUUUGAACAAAUGUCUAUUUGAGCCCUUUGCCCAUUUUUUAAUUGGGUGGUUUGUCUUUUUGUAGUUGAAUAGUAAUAGUUCUUCAUAUAUUCUGAAUAAUGGGCUCUUAUUACAUAUAUGAUAUGCAAAUAUUUUCUCCCAUUCUGGAGAAAUGCAUCUCUUUCUUGAUGCACGAAAGUUUUUACUUUUACUGAAGUCCAAGUUAUUUAUUUUUCCUUUAGUUGAUUGUACUUUUGGUGUCAUAUCUAAAAAAAUCACUGCCAAAUCCAAAGUCAUGAAGAUUUGACCUUUGUUUUCCUCAGAAUUUUAAAGUUUUAGCUCUUUGAACAUUUAGGUCUUUGGUCCAUUUUGAAUUAAUUUUUGUAUAUAUUGUAAGGUAGGGGGUUCAGCUUCAUACUUUCGCAUGUGACUAGCCACUUGUCUCAGCAUCAUUUUUUUUUUUUAAAGAUUUUAUUUAUUUAUCUGAGAGAGAGAAUGGGAGACAGAGAGCAUGAGAGGGGAAGGGUCAGAGGGAGAAGCAGACUCCCUGCCGAGCAGGGAGCCCGAUGCGGGACUCGAUCCUGGGACUCCAGGAUCAUGACCUGAGCCGAAGGCAGUUGCUCAACCAACUGAGCCACCCAGGCGCCCUCUCAGCAUCAUUUUGUAAAGAGCCUGUUUUUCUUCACUGAAUCAUCUUGCACUUUUGUCAAAAAUGAGCUGACUAGAUGUAUAGGCUUAUUUCUGGACUCACAAUUCUAUUCAAUUUCUCUGUAUAGAUCCUUAUGCCAGUACCACACUGUUUUGAUUAUAAUAAAUUUUGAAAUCAGAAAGUAGGAGGCCUCCAACAUUGUUCCUCUUUUUCAAGGUUUUGGCUAUUCGACUUGUCUUGCAAUUUCAUCUCAAUUUUGGGGUUGGCUUUUCUGUUUCUGCAUAAAAGGCUAUUGGAAGGGGCGCCUGGGUGGCUCAGUCGUUAAGCUUCUGUCUUCGGCUCAGGUCAUGGUCCCAGGGUCCUGGGAUCGAGCCCCACAUCAGGCUCCCUGCUCCGCGGAAAGCCCGCUUCUCCCUCUCCCACUCCCCCUGCUUGUGUUCCCUCUCUCGCUGUGUCUCUCUCUGUCAAAUAAAUAAAAUCUUAAAAAAAAAAAAAGGCUAUUGGAAGUUUGAUAGGGAUUGUAUUGAAUUUUGUAGAUUGUUUUGUGUAGUAUUGCCAUUUUAUUUAUUUAUUUUUAAAGGUUUACUUACUUAUUUUAGAGAGAGAGUAUGAGUGGGGGUAGGCACAGAGGGAGAGGGAGAGAGAGAGAAUCCCCAAGCAGACUUCCUGCUAAUCUCAGAGCCUGAUGCAGGGCCCAGUCCCAGGACCCCAAGAUCAUGGCCCCGGGCUGAAACCAAGAGUCAGCUGCUUAACCGACUGAGCCACCCAGGCACCCCUAGAAUAAAUAAAUCUUAAAAAAAUACAACUGAUUUUUGCGUGUUGCUCUUUUAUCCUGCAACUUUGAUGAAUCUCUUUAUUAGCUUUAGUAGUUUGUGUGUGAGUUCUUUAGGAUUUUCUGUCUGUAAAAUCAUGAAAUCUGUGAAUAUAGUUACAGUUUUCCAUUCUGAUUUGAGGAUUUUUUUGGUUUCUUCAUUUAUCUGAUUG